AUGACUCUUUGGGUUACUGGAAAGGGCCCAAGCCAUGGUGUGGGUGAUGUGCUCGCUGCAUCAUGGAAUGGACUCUCAAGGCAAGCUCCUAAGGGUUCAAAGGCGCGGCGCUGUACAUCUACUCUACAAGCUACUGCACAGAGCGUUCAACGACCUGCUGCACCGCUCCCACCACUCGCCGCUCUUCCCACAAAAGUCCUUCUCAGAUCUCUUUUGGUUGCUACCAUCUCAUCAAAACCGCUCCUCCUUCGCUCGUCACUAGGGGCAAUUUCCAUGUUCUCCAAGCCUAACCGAGGCUUCCUGCUGAAUGUGGACCGCAAUCCUAUCUUGCACGGCAUCUUGAAGAAGACAUUCUAUGAGCAGUUCUGUGCCGGAGAGAAUGGGAAAGAGACCAAGGCCACGAUAAAAGAGUUGAAGGAUAUGGGAUUCCGAGGUGUCAUUAUGACUUAUGCCAAAGAGACUGUCUUUGACCACAAGACCAAUACCGAGCAGGGACUUGGUGUUGCUGCUCUGGAAAAGGGCCAGGAGUUAGAUCCCGCCUUGGCUCGAUGUGCCACUAUCGAAUCAUGGAGAAAAGGAACAAUGGAGACCGUUGAGCAAUUAGAAGAUGGAGAUUACCUCGCUGUGAAACUAACCGGGGCUGGUUCUUCGGUCACCAAAGCAUUUUCCGCCGGAGAACUACCACCUCAACAAAUGCUAGACGUACUGGAUGAAAUGUGCACCCGAUGCAAAGAACGCAACGUGCGAAUCCUCGUCGAUGGCGAAUCUCAGCACUUUCAACGGGGCAUCCUUCGCGUCACCCUCGACCUGAUGCGCAAAUACAACCGUGAUGGUUAUGCCCUCGUCUACAAUUCUUACCAAGCAUACCUCAAAAGCACAUCCGACACCUUAGCCAAGCACCUAGCUGCGGCCCAAAUUGAAGGCUUCACACUCGGUCUUAAACUCGUCCGCGGUGCCUACAUGGCAUCGGAUGAACGCUCAUUGAUUCACGACACAAAGGAAGACACAGAUCAUGCAUACAACACUAUCUCCCAAGGUGCACUGAAACAAACCAUCGGCGAAUUCGGCACCUCUAAGCUCUUCCCUUCUACAAAUCUCUUCCUUGCGAGUCACAACAGGGAAAGUGUCAUGGCUGCCCAUCAACUCCAUAAGCAGCGCCUCGCUGCUGGCUUACCUACCGUGCCUGUCGGCUUCGCCCAAUUGCAUGGAAUGUCCGAUGAAGUGAGCUUCUCACUCCUGGCACUCAAAGGGAAUGAUGGUACACCCGAGGUCUAUAAGUGUUCUACAUGGGGCGGCAUGGGUGAAUGUCUAGCAUAUCUUUUGCGGAGGGCGAUUGAGAAUCGGGACGCAGUGCUGCGCACGACUGAUGAGUACAAUGCACUUAAGGCGGAGUUCAGGCGCAGACUGAAGGCGGUGUUUUCGCUUUCCACUUAG